UAACCGUUGCGCCUUUUAGUCGGCGCUGCCGUAGUUUUCGAUUUUCCGUUUUACAAACAAGAGUUUCCGUACAGUAGGUUACAUUCGGUGAAUCGGUGAUGUGUAGUUUUUUUCCAAAAAAGCUUUACCCGAAUGUCUGCACGUUUCAGUAGUAUGGUAAUGAAGUGAGCGAUGUGAAAACUUAAAAUACGGCGGUUUCGCUAAAUUAAAGCAAUAAUUAAAAGUAUUUUGAUGUGCGUGUUGAUUAUGUAUGCGCAAAUAUAUGUAAAAAUGCGUUUCUUUUACGAACACUGCACUCGCUUAACGAAUUUUGAGUGUUUAGUUUUUAAAAAAUAAUUAACAACAUGCCAAAUAAAUUGCGACACAUCGAUUCGGGUUAAUUUGAAAUUUAAGUGAAAAAUGAUCGGUAAUGUUAAAUGUGUUUGGUAAACUUGAAAUGCACGUUUUUGUAUUGCUAAGAUGACAGGCAUAUGUAGAGCCUCUUAGUAAACCAAAAUGCCCGGUGGACGUAGGGGCCUCGUGGCCCCUCAAAAUACCUUCCUUGAAAACAUCAUUCGAAGAUCCAAUUCGCAACCGGAUAGCAGUUUCCUAUUAGCAAAUGCUCAGAUAGUGGAUUUUCCUAUAGUUUACUGCAACGAGGCCUUCUGCAAGAUUUCGGGUUACAACAGGGCCGAAGUCAUGCAAAAAUCGUGUAGGUGCUGCUUUAUGUUUGGGGAAUUGACGGAUAAGGACACGAUAACAAGAAUUGAUCAAUGCCUUGAACACCAACUCUACGAUCAAUUUGAAAUACUUCUUUAUAAAAAAAACAAAAACAAAGGCACUCCCCAAGAAAAUCCAACGUGUGGGCAACAGCACAAAGAUAUCAUAAAGCAACUUCUUGAUUCCAGUAUGUAA